ACCCGCCAACCUCGGACUUUGUCAUAAGACUUAUAACCGGUAAGUAUUAACGACCCCGUAUCUGAAAACAUUUGUGUUCCUAUUUUUGUCCCAUUUUUCCUGAUUUCCCAAAGAUAGAAGAUCUACAUAUCUGAGGAAUCACCAGAUACACCAUGUUACGUUCCAAAUCAAGACCUGGGUCCUUCCGUUUGGGACAAAAGAACAAUUCAUCAGUUCUUACCAGGUCAAUUUCUGCAUCAAAGUUUUGUAGAGGUGACGCUCUAACAUCUCAAGUUGAUACUAACGCCCUUGUAUCUGUUGAUCAAAAGCCCUCAAACGUCGCCAAUUUGUCCGAGAACCGCAUAGAUAGAGCCAUGCAACGACAGAUGGGUCAGCUCGAGGAGGAUCUCGAGAGGACAAAGGAGCAAUUGGGCACAAUACAGAAAGAAAGGGAUCGAGCCCUUGAUGAACUUCUAGAGAUGAAACAGGUAGCUCAUGAAGCCAACAUGAGGCUAAAUGAGGCAUUAUCCCUGAGGAAGGCUAGGGAAGUAUCUGGUGAGCUUAAAGCUGUGAAGGAAUUGUUGUCUAUUUCACAGGAAGAAUUGGAAGUGAGAGAAAUGAAAAUUGAGUCAUUCAAAGUUGAACUUGCAAAUGUGAAACUGCUUGAGCUCAUAUUGGCAGAGAGAGAUGCAUCAAUCGAUCGCAUGGACGAGGAAUUGAGCAAAGUGAAAUCCUCUGAGAAUCAUGCAUUGGCUUUUUUGUCUGAAAGUAAGAAAAAAAUACAAGAGCUUGAGUCUGAAAUAGAGAGAGGAAAGCUAUCAGAAUCCAAAAUGUUGGAUUCAGUGGCCGCCCAAACAAAUCUACUCGAGCAAAGAAAUAUUGAACUUGAAGAGUCCAAGCUUGAAAUUGCCUCUCUCCUUGAGAAGAUUGAAAAGCUGGAGAUUUCAUCAAGUCAUAGCAGUAGAGGUCUUAAUGGACAUAACAAUAGUGAGAAUUUGACCUGUGCUCAAGAGGGUGAGAAAAUUGCCUCAUUGAAGGCCAAGAGUCCACUGGAUGAGAUAGGCUUGCUUAAAAAUGAACUGAAGCUGGCAACCGAGGCAGAAGAAAAAAGCAAAAAGGCGAUGGAUGAUCUAGCAUUAGCAUUAACAGAAGUUGCAACAGAAGCCAAUCAGGCAAAGGAAAAACUCAGCUCUACACAAGUGGAACUAGAACAUGUAAAAGGAGAAUCACAACAAUUGAAGGUGAUGGUGAGGAGCACUGAGGAUAAGUAUAAAAAGCUUUUGGAUGAAGCAAAGAAAGACUCAGAGCUGUAUAGAAACACUGCAGACAGGUUGAGAUUAGAAGCUGAAGAGUCACUUUUGGCAUGGAAUGGGAAAGAAAUGGGCUUUGUCAGUUGUAUAAAACGAGCUGAUGAGGAAAGGGCUGUUGCUCAACGCGAGAAUGCUAGACUGGUUGAGUCCCUAAAAGCAGCUGAGAACAUGACUAGAGCAGCAAAGGAAGAGAAUUACAAAUUGAGGGAUAUACUUAAACAGGCACUUAACGAAUCCAAUGUUGCAAAAGAGGCUGCCAGCAUUGCCAGAGCUGAAAAUUCUGAUCUCAAGGAUUGCAUAGCUGAAAAGGAUGAAGCUCUUCAUCUUCUUACCCAAGAAAAUGAACACCUAAGGAUCAGUGAAACAGCAGCUCAUGAGAACGUCAUGGAACUGAAGCGAUUACUUUCUACAUCAUCUACAGAGUUGAAGACCAAGAACAAGGACCAACGAGGGAUGUUCAAGUCACGAAAUUCAACCAUAGAGAAGCGUGAAGAGGACAACAAAUUGAAGAAAACUUUCAGCUUCAAUCUUAGUGAGCUGAAAAUUCUGAAUGAACAUGAAGAUGUGAAUGGGACGGUUGUAGAUGAGGACCCUGAAAAGGCUGAAGCACUUAAAGGCUCAAUAUUUGAUAAUGCAGUGUCACCAAAGUCAGAGCUCCGUAUACCAAAAUCAGGGCCCCAUCACAGAAGACGAUCAUCUGUGUUCACAGAUGAGGGAGAUACACCAAAUUCAGAAGAUUUGGAUCAUCUGAAUGGUACUCAUUUCGAGGAUUCAGAUGAAAGAAACUCCAGUAGAAGAAGCAGAGCUUUGUUACGAAAAUUUUCGGACCUCAUAACAAGAAAGAGUUUACAUAAAAAGGAUUCAUCCAUGGAGUAGAGGUCUUUUAUAUUUGUUGCCCAGACUUGAAUUCACGUAGCUUUUGGUUGUAUACUAAUUUUAUAAUACAAGUUUUAUUCUGGACU